AUGUCUGAAAGCUCAGGGACCCCGUACAUCUUCUCACCGGCGGAUCACAGCCAUCUGAUCCCGUAUCUGGCGGCCCUGCACGCAUCCUGCAUUAGCCACGAUCGGACGCUCGCAACCUUCCUACCACCUUUGUCUCACGAGAAACUAUUGGGAUGGUGGAAGGAGCGCAUAGCAGAGGUCACCGGCGGCACUCGUAUGAUGCUGAUCUUGUUGGAUGAGUCAGAGCCUGGAACCAAGGCCAGAGGAACGGAGCUCAUGGGAGUCGUCAUGUUGUAUAUGCCAUACUCCGAGACUGGUCCUUUCCGCGGUUACGUCGAGAAGCUUCUCGUCAGUCCCAAGUUUCGUAGGCGCGGUGCUGCCAGAGUGUUGAUGAGUGCGCUGGAGGGCGAGUCCAUCAGGAUGGGACGGACGCUGCUGAUGCUGGACACUGAGGCCGACAGCCCGGCCGAGAAUGUGUACAGAAAGUUCGGAUAUAUCGAGGUCGGCAGGGUCCCCAAUUUCGGCAUCAGCCCCGCGGUUCCACGACAGCUGAAGGACGAGGUCUUCUUUUACAAGCAGCUCCAGAAUUAG